AUGAACUUGUCCAAGAAGAAGAACUAUGUCCAACAAAGGAGAAACAAAGGAAACCAGUCACUCCACGAAGCCGCAAAAAGCGGCGAUCUCGAAGCUGUCAAAAUACUUCUCGACAACGGAGCAGACAUCAACGUGGUAGACUCACUGGGCUCCUCGCCGCUUCACGCCGCAGCAGAGCAAGGCCACUGGGACAUCGCCCGACUCCUCCUAGAAAAGGGCAUGUCACCAUGGGCCCGAGAUGCCAACGAUGCACUCCCUAUCCACAACGCCGCAAAAGGCAGCCAUCUAGAGACAGCCCGACUGCUCCUUGAAUGCGACCGAGCGACAGGAAGUUCUUCCAACAAACGAGGCGAGACACCACUACACUUCGCUGCUGAAAGCGGAAACACAGAACUAGUUCAGCUCCUCCUAAGCUUCAACCCCUCGACAAAAUCCUCCUCCCGUGGCGAAACGGCCUUGCACCGCGCCGCUCAGAACGGUCACCCCGAAGUCUGCGAACUUCUCAUGCAAUACUAUGACGCCCAUAAGCCGGGCUGGAGACUUCGCAUGAUUGGCGUGACGGCGCAAGUUAAAAUGCAGGAUUGGUGCCAGCAUACGCCGCUGGUCUACGCUGCGAAAGAGGGACAUGCUGAUGUUGUUGAUGUCUUUCUUCGCAGUAAGAGGGUCUCGCCCAAAGCACGGGAUGGAUAUAAGGAGCUUCUCUUUCAUGAGGCUGUUGAGGCGGGGAAAUGCGAUGUUGUCCAGGUUUUUCUCGAUAAUGGCGUCCUCAUGGCUCGUCUUCUGCUUGAGAACGGUGCUUCCACUAAGAUUAAGGACUCCAUUGGGUAUACUGCUUCCCAGAGUAGCAGGGACGAGGAGGUGACUAUGCUUAUUCGGAAUUGGGCUGAUCAAGCUGCGGCUUCGGAUCCUAACGGUAAGAGAGUGUCGCGCCCUCCGAAGGUGGCGGUAGCUGCACCCCCAGAAUAUGUUGCAUGA